AUGGCUUUUGCCUUUAGUGGUGGAUGGUUUCAAACUAAUAAUUUUGCUAUUACUGUCUUCACUAUAUGUGGUGCUUCUAUUUUUCUCCUCUUAAUCUACAGGUAUGUAUUGUGUCUUGCUAGAGAUAAUGUCACAGCCAAUUCUGAAGCAGAUCAAUCAAUUGAGAGUCUAGAAGCUGAUCCUCAGGGGCAAGUGCAGUCACAAGAAAGACCCUAUAAUGCUCUUGAUCCAUUCAUCAUCGCUACCUUGCCUGUCUAUGUUUACAAACAAAUCGAUCAGCCCAACAACGAUGGCACGAGGGAUUGCGCGGUUUGCUUAAGCAGUUUCGAGAAUGAAGAGAUUGCAAUGCUUCUGCCCAACUGUAAGCAUAUGUUUCAUGAACAGUGCAUCAAUAUGUGGUUCAGCUCACACUCGACAUGCCCAAUUUGCCGGCGCCGUGUUGAAGCUCGGUUGGUGCCUGAGCCAAAGGAGAAGAGUGUUGGUUGGUUACCAUUUAUGGGUGUAGACAUGGAUUUCUUCCACCCAGUAACUCCAAGUUCAGAAGGUAUAUCAGAUGGUUCAGCACAAGGUUCUGAGGUUGAAGGACUAGACUCAAGACUCAACUCCUUUGAAAGACUUGUUGAGGCAGAGUGGAGACAGAUCAGAGAUGGAAGUUCUUCCUGGCAGUGA